GCGCGUCGCGCGGCGGUGACGCGAGCGGGGCGCGGGCAGGAUGGGGCGGUGAGGGGCGGCCGUGCCGGACAGCCCGCGGCAGCCGCGCCGGGCCCCGAGCGAGCCGAGCGGGCGGUGGUGAAAAAGACAAUAUCAAGAUGAGUAAAAAGCCUCCAAAUCGUCCUGGAAUCACAUUUGAGAUUGGUGCUCGUUUGGAGGCACUGGAUUAUUUGCAAAAAUGGUAUCCAUCUCGAAUUGAGAAGAUAGAUUAUGAAGAGGGGAAGAUGUUGGUGCAUUUUGAACGCUGGAGCCAUCGCUACGAUGAGUGGAUUUACUGGGACAGCAACAGGUUGAGACCUUUGGAGCGACCAGCUUUGAGGAAAGAGGGCCUGAAGGAUGAUGAAGAAUUUGUCGAUUUUAAACCUGGAGAAGAAGUCCUAGCUCGUUGGACAGACUGUCGAUAUUACCCUGCAAAGAUUGAAGCAAUUAAUAAAGAGGGAACAUUCACAGUGCAAUUCUAUGAUGGUGUCAUUCGAUGUCUUAAAAGGAUGCAUAUCAAAUCUAUGCCAGAGGAUGCAAAAGGGCAGGCGCGCGAGAGGGAGCAGAUAGCGCCGGAGCUGAGAUUAGUGACGGAAAUCGAACCAAAAGAAGAUUGGAUAGCUUUGGUCAAAGCUGCUGCUGCUGCAGCAGCAGCCAAGAACAAAGCAGGAAGUAAACCUAGAACCAGUGCAAACAGCAAUAAAGAUAAAGAGGACAGAAAAUGGCUAAAAGUCCCUUCAAAAAAGGAAGAAACCUCAACCUCUACAAUCAUGCAGGAAGUCCAAAAAAAGGAAGAGGAGCCUACAUCUAGUGACACAUUUGAAGUAGGAUUUCCUGUAGUGGAUGUUCCAAAGAUGGCCUUUGUGCAGGCAGAGAGCACGUUAUCACACAAGAGGAAAAGUAAUCUAGGCAACUCAUUUCAGGCAAAGAGAGCUCGCCUAAACAAGAUCACUGGUUUAUUGGCAUCCAAAGCUGUUGUUGCAGAUGGUGCUGAAAAAAAGGAAGGCAACAAAGAAACAGCUCCAGUCCUGGAGCAGGAGAUUUCACCUAAACCACAAAGUCAGAAAAAAAAUGAAGCUGAUAUUAGCAGUUCUGCCAACAUUCAGAAACCUGCACUGUUAUCCUCAACUUUGUCUUCAGGAAAGGCUCGCAGCAAGAAAUGCAAACAAGAAUCUGGAGAUUCUUCCGGGUGUAUAAAGCCCCCUAAAUCACCACUUUCCCCAGAAUUAAUACAAGUCGAGGAUUUGACGCUGGUCUCUCAGCUUCCUUCUGCUGUGAUAAAUAAAACUAGUCCAUCACAGCCAGUGAAUUCCCCUAGAUCCUACAAACAUAGCCAACGGAGAAGAAGAUCACAGCGUUUAGCCACUUGCUCCUUGCCUGAUGAUUCUGUAGAAAAAGUUUCUUCUCCCUCUUCAGUUACUGAUGGAAAAGUGUUCUCCAUCAGUGGUCAAAACCAACAGUCAUCAAAAUUGGAGGUACCUGAUGUUGCUCAUGUGUCACUUGAGAAGCGUGGACCAUGUCUCCCUCUUGAUUUAAGCCGUAGUUCGGAAGUUACAGCACCAUUAUCCGCAGAAUCCACUUUCUGUAGUGAAUAUUCCAGUAAAGACAAGGAAGAUAUUCAGAUGAUUACAUAUCUUCCUUCCAAAGCAGUAACUGAUGGAAGAGUAGCUACAACAGCAUCAGCACCCUCGUCCCAUGUACAUGCCUUGCAUCUGGAAAUGCCUUUAACCAAUAGUCUCAAGUUACCCAAAGGGAAUAGUAAAAAAAAGAGGUCUUCCACAUCAGUGAGCUCUGAAGGGACAGAGAUACAGUGCUCUGUGCCCAUAAAGGAGAAAUGUUUUGAGAGUCUGAAGGAGAAAAUAUUAAAGAACGUGAUUGAGAAGGACAAGCAUUCAGAAGUUGGUGCAGCUAGAAUGGAAAGAAAAGGAAAACUGGAAGAGAAAAGUUCUUCUGCAUAUGGUAAAAAGAAAGAAAAAGAAAAGGAGAAAAAGGAAAAAAAGGAAAAAGAUCAUAAACCAAAACAGAAAAAGAAGAAGAAAAAAAAGAAGAAAUCAAAACAGCAUGAUUACUCAGAUUAUGAAGACAGCUCUGUUGAAUUCCUGGACAGGUGCUCCUCUCCCUUAACGCGCUCCUCGGGCAGCUCUCUGACCUUGCGCAGUAUGUUCUCAGAGAAGAACACCUCAUACCAGUAUCCAAGAGCCAUCCUGUCUGUUGACCUUAGUGGAGAAAACCUUUCAGAUGUGGAGUUCUUGGAUGAUUCUUCCACAGAGAGUUUGUUACUUAGUGGUGAUGAAUACAAUCAGGAUUUUGAUUCAACUAACUUUGAAGAGUCUCAGGAUGAAGAUGAUGCUCUCAAUGAAAUUGUUAGAUGCAUUUGUGAACUUGAUGAAGAAAAUGGCUUUAUGAUUCAGUGUGAAGAAUGCUUGUGUUGGCAGCACAGUGUAUGCAUGGGACUGUUGGAGGACAGCAUUCCAGAGCAGUACAUCUGUUACAUCUGCAGAGAUCCGCCAGGACAGAGGUGGAGUGCCAAAUAUCUCUAUGACAAAGACUGGCUAAACAAUGGACACAUGUGUGGAUUAUCAUUUUUGAAAGAGAACUACUCUCAUCUUAAUGCCAAAAAGAUCGUGUCAACACAUCACCUACUGGCAGAUGUAUAUGGGGUAACUGAAAUUCUGCAUGGACUGCAGCUGAAGAUUGGGAUUCUGAAAAAUAAGCAUCACCCAGACCUUCAUCUCUGGGCUUAUUCAGGGAUGAGAAAAGAACAAGAACAAAGAACUGUUGGGGUAGAGAAAAAGUUAGUGACUUUGCAGGAUGCUGUUAAUCCAGCUGAAAGGACGUGUCAUAGUCAAAACCAUAAAGAGCCACCCAGUAUACCCCAGAAGAUGGAAGAAACAUACAUCACAAGUGAGCACAGUUACCAAAAACCACAGAGUUUUAGUCAUGACUACAAAGCAGUCACUGACCCUAUGAGCUCAGAUGAUGAAGACACAAGUAGCUUUGAGGAAGAUCAGGAAUAUCACACAGAGAAUAAAAACUGUUUACAAUAUUCUUUUAAAGAUGGUGGCAUGAAUGAGCAGAAUUCUGCUGAAGGAAACACUGUGUUUGUUUGUAAUGAAAGAAAAGGCUCAGAAGAGCAAGUGGAUACACAUCUUCAAUGGCAGCUAAAUCUCCUCACCCAUAUAGAGAAUGUACAGAAUGAAGUCACCAGCAGAAUGGACCUGAUUGAAAAAGAAGUUGAUGUUUUAGAAAGCUGGCUUGAUUUCACUGGAGAACUGGAACCACCAGAUCCUCUGGCAAGAUUGCCUCAGCUCAAGCGACGUAUCAAGCAGCUCUUAAUCGACAUGGGAAAAGUACAGCAGAUAGCAACACUUUGCUCUGUAUGACAGAAGGAAGAAUAUAGAAGUAAAAAUAGGUUCUUUACAAUGCAUUUUCUUAUUAGCCACAAGACUGACAGGAAGACAGCAAAAAGCUGAGCAUUUAUCUGGUUCUUUGCUGAUUACAUUAAUAGGCUGAAGCUUUAGAAAGAAGAGAGGAAGUUUAGAGUCAGGAAUCUGUUGUAUUGAAAAUAUGAAUAUUCAACGUCUGGGCUUCAAAAUUAUAUAUAAUAUUCUUAAAAAUGUUAAUUUCUCAGGAUUUUAACAUGUUGAACAAGUAAAUCCCCAGAUACAAGAAAAUCCAACAAACAAAAACUCUUCGAAGAGCAGUGCUCUUAUUUUGAAACCCUUGGCAAACAUUUCUAAAUUAGCAGAAUUCAGCUGACUAAAAAUGCAAUCCUCUUAUCUUGCUAGUGAAAGAUAGAUACAGAGAGAGCUGUAUCUUCUCUACAAGGAACGUUUUUAGAUUAUUUCUUUCUCUUACGAGUGUUCAGGAAAACAAACAUACUAGCUUUGAUUUUUGAAAAAAAUUACUUGUCGUGGUCUCCCUUUUAAAGUAUUUUUUUAAAUAGAAAUCCCUAGAACAGCACCCCUAGGCCCCUUUAAAACAGAAGUGGAAAAUAGUGGUCAGAUGUGCCAAAUAAUAUUAAAAUCAUUGGGAUAAGAUUUUAAUUAUGACUUAGGUGAAGGUUUUUUCCAAAGUCCUACUCGGUGCCAGCAGUCCAUCCAAAAUUGUAUCUACUUUAUAUUUUUUUAUGUUCUAUAGCAGUGUUCAGGAAUCAAGGUACAAUUUUUGUCCUGGGUAGCUCUAUUCUGAUGUUGGCCCUCUGAAAACUUCACCAUCCUCAGUGGGGAUGAGGAAUGACACGAGCAGCAAAACUGUCUGCGGCUGUGGAAAUUCUAAACCAUUAGAGGCAAAAAUCACAAGAUACCUUAUCCAAGUUGUUUUUAUAAAAUUUUUCAGCUUCAGUGAAUGAAAUGUCAUGAAACCAAAGGCAACCUAACCUACUUGCUCUGUUAGCUCUUGUUGGAUUUUGAGCCCAGGACUUCUCCUGUGCUGAUAAGUUGCCGCUGUACCCAGUGCUACAUCCGUGUCUGUGUGUGUAUGUAUAUGUGCAUAGCUGUGUGUACAUAUAUACAUGCCAUACACAUUUCUAUCUACACAUGUCUAGUUUUCUUACCAUAGACUACAAGAACUGGUGGUUCAUAUUACCUUUUAACAAGCAGUUUCUAAAAUUGAAAAUAAUGUAUGUACAGGUUUUGAAAUUUGUAAAAUAUGACUGUUAAAAGGAGGCUAUUUAACUGAGGACAUUAAGAUACUUGAACAUUUUAUGCCUCAUGUCUGUUUAUCAGUUCUAGUUAUCUGUAUAAAUGCAUUUUAGAACCGAUAGACAGUAAACUUGAAUUUACCUUUUGAUAAGAGUACAAGCCACUGUACAUUCAAAAAUUAUUUAAAUUUGCAAACACACUGUUCUAUAUGUAAGGUACUGUAUGUAAAACUGUUUAUUAAAACUAUUCUGCAUACUCUAUAUUUUCCACUUUUCUUCCUGAUCUACAUACAAAUGUAAAAAAGAAGUGAUUGUUAUUAUGUACAGACCAUCAAAAAAUCUUGGAAUGCCUUUUAAGGAUGCAUACAACUGAAAAACGUGCCAAAGAUGGAUUAUCUGGGAAAGACUUUGCAGCUAGUGCAUUGAACUUUCAUGAUAAAACCAUUAUUGAGAAAGAAAGCAGCAUGGCUGGUUCAUUGCUAAAGUAAAUCUACCCUGACCUUUCCUCUCUGUCAUACCUGAAGUGAGUUAUCACUCCUGAUGGCCAAAGCAAAAUGUAAACCCCUGUUACAGAGUGGUUGCUACUUAAAAAGUCUUCCCACAUCAAGCUUGUAGGAGACAUCACAGAGAUGCAUGAAAACAUGGAAUUAUGGAAUGGUUGGCAACUCCAUAAUGCAGAAAGAACAUUAGAGCUGCGGAGUUGUUGACAUUUUAUAGCAACUGUUAAUAAGUACUCUGUGUUAUAUAGGUGAUGCUUAAAUAACUGCUUCAAACAUGAAUAGUUGAGUGACCUACUUGCUUUUGGAUAUGUGAGACAUUUUUAUAGACUAUUCACUUUCUGCAUAUCCUUGAAUGUGGUACUGUGUGUACUGUAUAAGAGAAGUGUAAAUCCAGAUGAAUUACUUUGAAACAAAGUGGAGUGUAUUUACAGAAUUUAUACAGCAUACACUGUAGCAAUAUUAUGCAAUGUGUGUGCAUGUGUGUCAUGUAAUAUAAUUGUAAAUGUUACUGAAGGUGGAGGUGGACUUGGAAAGUUCAGGGGGGAGGACAGAGGUUUUAUUCUUACUACAGAGAUGGAGGAAAAGGAAAUCCUGAAAAGGAAAUCCUAAGGUCAAAGUUGAAGUUGCCCUUGCAGCUUUAAUGUGUCUUCUGUUUGUAUGUGUAAUGGCCUCUUAAUUUACACAAAUAUGUAAUUUUACCCCUCAAGAUCCUGCCUUGUUCAGGAUGGACUGUGCUUACAAAAACAAUCUGUUCAGUAUUUUUUUUUAAAUGUUCAUUGUAUAGUCAUGUAUUAUAAAAACUCUCCUGCAAUCAUUCAUACCUUCUAAGAAAUACAAUCUCAGUGUCCCUAUGGACCAUGCUGUGUAUGAUACAUCGUGUCCUGCUCCAGUGUUUCACAAACUUGUCUGAGUUUGCUUUCUCAAGCUGUGGUGCUGGUCUGUAACAUGUGGACAUUAGUUUCUGACCCCAGUUUCUCAAGUAUUCAAAGGUUUGGGAUGCUUUUGAGCUUUUUCUUUAAACGCAAGUCAAGUGCCAUAAAAAUGCUCUGUUUUGCACAGAAUGUAGCCUACAGUUGGUUGCUUUGCUUGUGUACCAGUCAAUCCCAGUGUGAUCUGGCUCUUACCAGUAUUUCUUCCUAGUUGGCCUUAUCAAGAGAAUCUUAUUCCUGUAGGUUUAUUUUUCCAUCUGUCUUCCUGCUUCCUCUCUAAAUAAGCCAGGGAUGUACACUCAGUCUAUUUGCAACAUCGUUUCUUGGGGUGUGAAUUGUAACUGCAUUGUUUUGAUGAAGGGGACAGACCCUCUCUGAGGGAAAAGUAGUAGAUGGCAAUGUAAGGACUGUUUGAUAUGUGUGCACAGAAAGGCAAAAUGUUUAAAUUGAAGCCAUCUGUCACUGAAUAGGAGUUCUAAAUAGUAAUAAACAAAAGGGAAAUGCCAUUUUACAGAAGCCUCUUGUGAUUUCACAGAGCUAAAUGGCAAACUUUUGGAGCCUUUGAAUGCCCAGCUUUUUGUCUGAGGUUUAGUAGGGCUUUGCCUGUUUGCUUUUUUAAUGGAGGUAUCAGGGUGAUUUCAUUUCAAAGCCUGCUCCUACUUGUGACCAUACCAGACACAUCUACAUCAGGAAUUGUGUUUCAGCUGCAGUGAUGGCAGGACAGCAGUACUGCAGCCAUAAACGAGAUGUGGUGUUGGUGCUGUGCUCUGGUAUGACAUGAUGGGGCUGCCACGUUCUGGUUACAAAGUGGACAUACUUCAGGUCAUAUUGCAGGGAAUAGUGCUUCCUGUUAACCCUUUUCUUGGGUAGCUGUAGGUUCAAUAGUGCCCAUAUUUUGGAUAUUCUGGCCUUGGGUGCAUAGAUCUUUGUUCAGCUGUGGAGUGGUUUACAGUGGUAGAAGCCUGUCAUUUUCUCUCAAAUAGACAAAGAAGAUGGGUUGCAAUUUUCUGAUAGAUUUCUGUACUUGCUGGGUGGCAAAGAAUUGAAACUAUUCUUCCAUGGGUGCAGUAAUCUUAUAGGGCUGACAGCCACCUGUCUCUCUUAAUUUUAUCUCUGAGCUUCUACAUAUGUUCAUCUAUUCAUUCUGCAGCUUGCAUCUUUUUCUCCUUUCAGUCUUCAGCUUUCUGCACUCUGGUUUCUGAGGUGCCUGGAGGGUGUCACUCCUUUGUUCUCAUGCCCAGUUCUUCCUGGCUGCUGUGGGAAGCUGUCAUGGGGAAAGGCCUCUUUGGCUCUUCUGUCUACAGCCUCCAGAGCAUCCUGGGACUUCUGUACAGUCGGAGUGUGUGCACCGUAAUCAAAAUCUCCAGAUGUUUUUGAUGUCUUUCUUAAGUAAGCCUCCUCUGUCUUGUGCAAUUUGUGGUCUUCCUCUACUCCCAUCUGGCUUCUAAAUAGACUUGAAUUAAUAUUACAGCAAAACCCCUCUGGCACUGCUGGGCUCCAGCACUCCUUACCAAACUGAGGGUUGGGAUGCAAAGGAGUCAUUCAAACAUUACAGUAAAAUUAUAAAAGUAUUUGAUGUUGUAAACCACACUAUUUUCCCUUUGUAUUUAAAGGGAAGCUGUAACCAUUUUUCUUCACUGGAACUCUAAAGGCACAAAACAGAUCCUGAACUGAACUGGAGCUUGGUGUAAAAAUCAGCAAGUGGAGGAUGGGCAGGACUCUGCAGGCAGGGGCUCCACAGCCAAAAGAGCAGUCAGGCUGUCCCAGCUGCCUUGCCCUGUUAGUAGCUCUGAGGAGGUGCUGGUGUGUAAAGGGGGUGUGUGCAAUUAUGCCAUUCUUUUGCAAGCAGGAUUGUUUAGAACACUGGAACUAUAGGUUUUUGCUCUACUGCUUAAAAAUGUUUCAGUAUAUGCACCUUAAUUUUGGAGCGCUUAUUAAAGUCAGAGGCUUAAUCACUUUUGAAAUACCCAUUGCUAUUCUCACAUUUUAUUAGCUCACAUUUUUUUUUCUGUUGUACUGAUUGCAUAUGGCUUGAGGUGAGGAUUUUGCAGAGGCUGUUGGAAAUGCUUCAGUAAUGAUUUCUAUUAUACUUUGUUAUGUCUUGGGCACUGGGUGUGGGGGUCUGUCUUUAGCAAUAAAUAUUAUACACUAUGUGUAUAUCUGUUUGUAUAUGGAAAAGAAAUACAGAGCAUGUAACAAUGGUGAAAAUACACUGCACCGAGUGCAGACUGUGCAUUUGGCAGCCAUUCUGCACCAGCCUGAACAACCCAAAUGAAAAAUUGGAGACCACAUGCAGAAAAUGAACUAGCAUGAAAAAUCAUUCAGGACAGAAGUUCCCUUCCCUUACUCUGUGGGUGGGAUAACUGAAACUAGUUCAAUUGCUGUUUGCUCAAAACAGCUGUCUUCCUUUCCUGAAAACUGGCCAAGCCUCCUGUGUUCAGCUGUAGCCACGUGCAUCAGUGUAUUGUCACUAAAGACUCUGAGAGAGGCAGCACUGCACUAUGAUUAAAUCUUCUGUGAGAGAAGCAAAAUACUUCCUUCUGUGAUUUGUUUUUUAUAAUAGCAAUAAUGUUGACUGCAUUCUAAUACUCACAAUAAAGGUCUGUUGAGAUUGUUACGUGCCUGGGCUCCCUUUCCAUGGACUUCUCUUCUGGUGAGCUAGUGAUUGUUUGCAUAUGUUUUAAAGCAUUAGGGAAUCUUCAGUUGCAUGUUUAGCCUGUAGUCCUUAGGUUAUGUGCAGUCAUUGGUACUCACCUUUCUCCAUUGUAAGGCUUGAGGGAAUCUUUGGUUGUAUUUUAGCCUGUAGGCAAAUGAUAUAAUCAGUAAAUUAUUCACAGUACUGAAUUACCUGAUGUAUGUGGCAGAGUAAUUAGAAGAUAUUUCUAUUCUUGGACUGUUUUGGUGUUUUAACAAUUUCAGGGUUUCAGUUUUGCAAUGCACUUUAUUCUUUGCAAGUCAAUGUCCUUCAACAGUGUGUUCACAUUGGAACAGUGAUGGCAUCUCUUGUGGGCAGACAUGUGCCUUUGUACAAUGUCAUUACAAAGUAAUUUUAAUUUGCUUUUAGUAAUUUAUUUUAAUAUCAUCCACAAGUUGUUCAAGACAUUACUGUGGUAGAAAACAAAUGAGCCCACAAUGCUGAGCAAGUUAUUUUCUUAGACAUCCUGUGGACAAGGGCACAUAUGAUAAGCAGCAGAUGAAUGAAAUUGUGCAGAAUCUCAGUAAGUUACUGACAUAGAAAAAUUUUUUCAUCCACAGAAAAAGUAAAUGCAAUAAUAAAUAAUAAACUUAAAAAUUUUAAUUCUGAAACAUUUUAAUCAUUGUUGAAGGGACAGUCUCAAAGCAGGCUCUCAAACAAGAUACAAGACCAGAUUCAGGCUUGGAGCAACAUACUGAAACACUUUUUUGAAUUAGCAGACUUUCUGAAGAAGAGUUUUCCUGAGUCAGGCUAACCAUCUGGCCAGCCCAGAGUCUUGUCUGCAUAGAAAUAGGAUAUCAGAUCUGUACAAACAUACUAUGAAAUAUUUGUGCAAAUUGCCUUUUCCUGAAUGUGUCUUUCACUUCUGACAAACUGCGGGUUCCUUUACCAAAAUUUUUAGGUCCAUUAGUUAUAUCAGUCACUUGACAGAGCUGGACUCCUCAAGUUUAAUCCAUCUUUUCCAUUGGUGGCUUAUGGAAUUCACAGCUUUGUUGUGUGGCAGGAGCUGUGUUUGCCCUUGAACUUCCUUUCUGACUCCACUGGCUCUGCACCGUUGCCUUUAGUUCAGAGAAGGUUAAAUAUUGCAGUAUUGAAAAGACCCAAAGCAGUUUUGUCCCACCAACACCAAGACUUUGGCACCCUGUUGCUGUCCUUCUGUGACUGGUGGUGACUUUUCUCACUGCCUCAGCUUCUUUUUGUCAAAUACUGAAUUGAUUCAAGUUGCAAAUCCUGUGUGUCACUGUGGUUGCAGACCUAGCUCCUGUUUGGGGUUUCAAACCAAUCUGCAUCCCUGGUGUUGUGAGAAUAAAAUACCUAUUUUUCUACCUGGAAUCACUGUGGUAUUAUUGAAUAGAGGAAAACUCUGUUAUUUUCAAUAAAUAAGUAAGAAAAAAAAAAGUAAUUUUAUUUGUCCUAGAAAUGGUCAAUUCCUGCAGGAACAAAUGCAAAUUCAAAUAUUCUUACAUGGGCUUCUUUAGGUUCUGUCACCAAAGACACUUUUCCAAAUGGAAAGUUAUAAUUUAAAAUUUGACAAGUCAUGUGCCCACUUUUCUAGCCAAGUUUGGCAUGGGGAUGACUGAAACUUCCCUAUUGUUCUUUAAAUGUGAAGAAUGUGUCGCAUAUAUAAAGUGAAUACACUGAAAAGUGCAUUAUCUAGGGCUGUCAUCUUGUUCUCUUUUACUUUUGCAUCACAUGAGGUCUUAAUCAGAGAUGAUACAGAUUAUUGCUUCACAAGGUCUCAGAAAGAAAUGUGCAUUUUAGUUCUCUAUCUAAGUGUAACAAAUGGUGUUAACCUCUUUUUAUGUAGCUUUCUUAAAAUGUGUAGAGGAUUGUCCAACACUGGUGCUUUAUUUAACACAGAAAAACAAUUAUUGUUUGAAAUGAAUGAACUGGUUGAUGUAAGUGUAAUUUCACAAUGUUUUCUUAACACUUUGGCUUCCAAUUUGCUGCCUCAUUUGGGAAGCUCCCUCCAGUUCUUUUUUUAAGCUAAGGCUGAGUUUUCAGACUCAAAUUUGUUUGGGGUAAGAGUAACUUUUCUGUGGGUACAGAUGUCUGUGUAUUUAUAUACAUGAAUCUUUUAUCCCUGGGCCUUUCAAUAUGUAAAACUGCAGUUCCACAAACUGUCUCUUCUGCUAAGAAAAUGUAUGCAAAACUGGAACAAUGAAUAAAUGUCUUCUUCUUCUUUGA